AUGUUUGGGCCAUCACCAGAUUUAUCAAACGAUUUAACAACAGCAAUAAUUAGUUCAAAAAUGAUAAUAACGAAACAAACAUGUGAAGAAGCUGUACAUCUUUUUAUUGAUGUACUCAUGCCUCAGCACUUUAUUUUGAUGAAUAAUCGUGUUAAUGCUGAUAGUAAUGAAACACCAACAGAAUUAAAACAUCAAACAGAAAUUUUAAAGUUACCUUAUCGAUUUUUUUUAUAA